AUGGGUCGCGUUAUCCGUAACCAGAGAAGGGGCCGUGGCUCUAUCUUCACGGCCAACACCCGCCUGAACAAGGCCCCCGCGAAGUUCCGCAACCUCGACUAUGCCGAGAGACACGGCUACCUCCGUGGUAUCGUGAAGGACAUCAUCCACGACCCCGGCCGUGGCGCUCCCCUUGCCCAGCACACCGAGACCUUCAUCGCCAACGAGGGCAUGUACACCGGCCAGUUCAUCUACGCCGGCAAGAAGGCUGCUCUGACCGUCGGCAACGUCCUGCCCCUUGGCUCCAUGCCCGAGGGUACCGUCGUCUCCAACGUCGAGACCAAGAUCGGCGACCGUGGCACUCUGGGCCGCACCUCCGGCAACUACAUCACCAUUGUCGGCCACAACCCUGAUGAGGGCAAGACCCGCAUCAAGCUCCCCUCCGGCGCCAAGAAGGUCGUCCACUCCGAGUCCCGCGGCAUGAUUGGUAUCGUUGCCGGCGGUGGCCGUACCGACAAGCCCCUCCUGAAGGCUUCUCGCGCCAAGCACAAAUUCGCCGUCAAGCGUGGUGCCAACUGGCCCAGAACUCGUGGUGUUGCCAUGAACCCCGUCGACCAUCCCCACGGUGGUGGUAACCACCAGCAUAUCGGUAAGGCCUCGACCAUCUCCCGCUACGCUGUCCAGGGACAGAAGGCCGGUCUUAUUGCUGCGAGACGGACGGGUCUGCUGCGUGGUACCCAGAAGACGAAGGAAUAA